AUGACGUGGCCGAAACCCAGUUUUGACGCUGAGGCUAUGACGGCGGUUGCUCAAAAAAAUCCUCGUUUGGUCAAAAAGAAACGGAUGCAUUACAACUCCUUCAGCCAUGCCGGAACCAAUGGUCUUACACUUGCUACGGAGGGUUCGACUGCAACGUCGGCCGUGCAACGUCUCCAGAACAGGUCAAGAGCUCCUUAUAGCAAGAAUAGUCGCAAGUCUCGAAACGGCUUCCGGCCAGAGGCGAAGAAGCGUAAGACGUUCUGGUUUUAUUUAUACGGAUGCAGACUCUAGCAAGGACGUUUGGGUUCGUGUCAGUGACGAGCUCGAUGAGUUGGAACUGGAUCACGGCGAUCCAGACUACGAUUCCGAUGAGGAUGUAAGCAUUUUUUCCGGCUUAGUUUUUUUAGAUCCCUAUCGAAGUCAAUCAAGUCAACGCCGUUCUAAGCGACGAGGACUUAGAAGAAUUCUUCUCUUCUCUUGUCCACGAGUAUUACGACCACUGCAAAACAGAAGAGGUCAUCGUAAGUCGCAUUUUGUUUCCCCUGGGAUACUAAACCCAUGCCCGAAUUCUAGUGUUCAUGCCUGGAAAUUUCCUCCGCAUUUUAGGAAGCCUUGAAGGAGAUUACAUUGUCUCCCCUUCAACGUCGCCGUUUGCCAUUUAUGGCGAUAAAUCUCGCUCUACAACAUAAGAUGUCUCACUGUGAGCUGACUUCUGAACUUCUUUCCGAAAUGUGUGGAAAAGUUAUCAGUAUGUCGGCCAUGCAACAAGGCUUCCAUCUGCUUUUGGACGACUUGGCCGACAUUGUUCUUGACGUUCCCAAGGCCCCAGAGGUAUUACUUGCUUAUUUACUCAUGUUUGCUUGUGUCAUUCAGGAACUUUUUCGCCUUCUCAUUCCUACACAAUUACUAGUGUUAUUGUGCCACUGACUUUUGGACUUUUGAUUCUGCUUGUGUAUUUGACCUCGAGCUUCAGCCCGACUUGCUUCUAGUGCUAUCUAGAUUUUGUGCGACGUUAAGUUUGCACUUGACUGAAAGUUCGACCCACGGCCUAACGUUUAUUUACCACUACCAGAAAACCCUGUCUACUUGUUUAUUUGUAACCAAUGUCCUUUCUCUUUCAGUACGUUGGUCGUUUCAUCGCGCGAGGUGUUGCUGAUGACAUACUUCCACCCAAAUUUGUUCAGCAGUACAAAGAACUAAAUGCCGCCCUCUUGCCGCUUUCGAGUGGCUUGGGAGAAAAAUCUGUAACUACCGGUACCCCACCCUCCUCAAGUAUUCCGCCGGUCUCCAUCGCUUUACGUCGUGACAGCGGCGGUAGCGCUGCUCUUAGUGCAAAUACACACAGCAGCAGCGGGGUAAGUUCGGCGGGUGAAAGCGUGACGAUGACAACGGGCACAGCGGCUAGUGGCGAUAUUGGGUCAGCUCCCUCUGGCGAUGCCCCUGUAAACUACGCCAUGCAAGCUAUAUUGAAAGCAGAAACCUUGUUAACCCUCAGUCACGCGUAUUCAAGACUGGAUAUCAUUUGGGGCAUCCCACCAAGUGAACGUGUUACGACUCUCCUUAUGAAGCAGAUAAGUUCCCUUCUUGAAGAGUACCUUUGCACCGGCAAACUCGAGGACGCGACUGCCGCACUUCAAGAGUUGGACUCACCCCAUUACCACCACGAGCUUGUGUAUCAGGUACGUUUUUGACUUAGAUACACUCGAUUCGCAACCAUAUUUUAGUAACCUUAGUGCUGCCGCUGUAUUGCAUUGCAGAGCCCGCGAGAGGACUGUCCUCAUUUAGCCAUAGUUUCUUUAGUCGCGGAAUCGUACAGUUUUAAGUGCUGAUUUUUUUGUGGAUAGCGGGGAUAGUGGUUUUCUGCGGCCCAUAUUAUCCUUUUUCCAGACCAUGACCCCAUAGGUUGGCAGAUUUACAUUUAAACGUGAGCCGGCAACACCUGCCGCUUAACGGUGCGUAUUGGCAAAAACGCAGAGGACGACGACUCUUAGCCGGCGAGCAUUGACUGUCCAUCGUUACUGAUAGUUUUAAUUAAUAAUGACCGCGUCGGUCUGGAAGUGAACUUUUCAUGCUCGUACGUCAACUCAAGAAAAAAAACAGUUCAUGGAAGCAAAUCCAUGCUGACUUCCUGGCCAAUUUUUGCAUGCAUAGUUUUGGUGUGUUUGAUGGCGCACCAGCUGGCUUUUGGUCGGCACUCGAGCUUUGUCAAACAAAGCCUGCAUGCGGCAUUUGGAAACUGGUUUCACCUUUCUCCUGUCCACCAUUAUCGCCCCUUAGAGAACUAGUCUCCUGUACUUCUUAGCUGACUGCUUUUUUCUCUCAAAUACCCUACCACCAGUCAAUUAGUACGAGCAACUCGUUCCCAGGCAUUCGCCUCGCGUUAGCGCGGAUUUAAAGCGUUCACGCCAAUUUACGUGGUGUUCAGACCACUCAUGUCCACAAGCCCGCAAACUGGACUGUAUCAGGAGGCGCAGCCCGCAGUGGGGUUGAUUUUACAAGUUGGAUGCGCUAAGCGCUAGGGUGUGUUAGUAGAACGCUUAACUGUCCUGUGAGGCUCGCAUCAUGACUUGUACAAAGUAGCUUGGAGAGUUUGACGGGUGUUUAUAGCGAUCUCGUAUUUUCAGUUAUUCUCGUGUAGUGGCGAAUAAAUUCAUUCCACAGUCCACUGAUGAAAAAUGAACUCUUGUUUUUGUGCCAAAUCUAGGCAAUACUUUUGGUCCUUGAACGAAGUGGCGAUCAAGUGGCCGAUCGCAUUUUACGUCUUCUGGAUCACCUCUGCCGUUCGGUUGUGAUAACGCUUGACCAACUACUAACCGGCGUGAAAAGAAUCUACGUCGAGCUGCCUGAAAUCCAACGACAACUCCCAGUCUCAUACGUCCUUCUGGAAAGAUUUAUUAAUCGUGCAGUAGAGGUCGGAUUUCUUCCGAAGAAAGUGGCUAACGAGAUGCCAACAAAGUAUGUCUUGUCUAUGGUGCGAUUUUUACCAUAAUUUUUUUAAAAACGUGUUCGCGUUUGCCAAGCCAGUAGAAUUUAUACAGAUCGUUGUUACAUAUUCGGCCUUUUAAUCGAAAAGCGGCAUUCUAGGCUCAAAUGUUGACGCUUUAACUCGCCAUCCGCUGAAGUUGUUUCGUCCUGUCGCUUGGUCGAUGGAUUUAUAACGCCAGUAGUCAUACUGCUUAUUAUUUGCAGAUACUAUGCUUUGCAAUAAUUGCAAAUACUCAUUUUUAGGGCAAGAAAACGUUUCGUUUCCGAGGGUGACGCCAUCCGGAAGGCUCCACCUGUUGGCCGCCUGUUUUGA